CACCAAUGUUCUCAGACCCCAUACACAUAUCACGAAAUGUCCACCCCCGGCAUAAAACCGAGGCCCGCCGCGACGCCAAUUGACAUCCUCCCUACCGAUGCCGCGCGGCUAUACACACACAUCCACCCAGCCCUCCUCCUCUCCCUAUACGCGUUGCGCUUCAACGCGAUCGUAGCGGAUCCCGUCCCCGCGCUCCUGCAGACCCUUAUACCGCUCAGCGCAUUGCAAAUCGCAUAUGUGACAGUAUGUCUACCGCCGACUGCUGGAUCGGGGUCCUCGACGCCUGCGGUGCCGAAAGCUGCGAAGAAACGGGCUAGCGCAGCAAAAACCGCAACUGGUUCCAAUACAGUGAAGAUAGUUCCCGCUCUCCUCUCCCUCAUCCUCUCACUCUUCGCCAUCACCCCCCUCACAGGCAUCACCCUCAUCCUCUUCGGCGCGCCCAUAACGACACAUUUUGCGCAUACCUUCCUCGCGGCGGCGCACAUCGCUAUCCUGGCAUUUCUGCCGCUCGUAUACGUGCUUGGUGUGGACGGGGAGCGGUGGAGGGAAGUUGUGGGAUUACUGUUGCCGGUGGAUGAGGUAGUGGGUGGGAUGGUGGGGACGCUGGUAGGGGCCUGGGCAGGGGCGGUGCCUAUACCACUGGAUUGGGACCGCGAGUGGCAGAAGUGGCCGGUGACGAUUGUGACGGGGGCGUAUCUGGGGUAUGCUCUUGGGAAGCUGGCGGGGGGGUUGGUGUUUAAGGGGAGGAAGAUUAUGUUUGAUUAGGGUGGGAUCGUUGGGGAAUAAAGAUGGAUCGAAGGAGCUUUGUAUGU